GGUCCGCGAUCCUGUUGUUGUUUCCAGCUUGUACCUUGGGCCCGGUCUCCGAACUUUGUUUUGCGCGUUACUCCGCUCCUCUGCCGGGGCUCCAAGUGGGAUAUGUCUUUGCUUCGAGCCAGCCCCCAAAUCUGCGCUUCCUGAACACAACUGGGCUGAGGGACCUCUCGUGGGGUUUGCCUCUGACUAAACCUGUUUGUCCAGCUCCUUAUUCUGUCCCUUAGACCUCUUGGUCGAAAAUGCAAAUAAAAGCAUUAGGUGUUCCCCUAGAGAGUGGUGGGCAAACUAUACACACGAGUCCUACCGCUGGCGUCCCUUAGAAAAGAAAAGUAGCGUUUGUUUGGAUUGCCCCAAAGAGUUAAAUCCAAAAGUUAGGGCAGAUCUAAAGAUGACCUCACCUAUGUGAAGUUCAGCCUUGAGCAGCAAACUUGACUACAUCCCAUUCAAGGUGUUCGCAGCAUUGUUUCUUUUAGCCUGCCUUUGCUUCAAGAGAAACAUAAUUAGUAGCUAGAGUAUGUCGUUAACUUUCAAGAGUUUUGGCUUUGGAGAUGUUUUAAGGCAUUGUUGCACUGUAUAGGUCAGACUAACCUCGGCCAGAAUAACUCAGGCUGGCCUCCCGACUAAAGAGCUGUCUGUCUCCUAAGUGUAGAAAUUUAAGUGUUUCCAGUGCUAUAAAUAAAUUUAGGAUACUUUGUGACGUGAAAAUUACUAACCAUGGCUCACUAUUCCAAAAUAGACCUUGAUGAAGAAUUUGAACGGUUUAUGAAGGAGCUUUCAGAUGAUUCUUUUGAAAAUUCAAAUAAAACACCCAGACAACCUAAUGAAGACAGCAAGGAAAUGAAGAAGAAAGACCCAGUGCCUUGGUGGAUAGCCGAAGAUGAUUUUGAAGAUGAUGGACUGCUUGGAACAAAUGUGAGCUAUUUAAAGACAAAGAAGACACAUCAACCGAUUAUGGACACAGAAGAAGAGUCUGCUGAAAAAGUUCAGUUUCUUAAGAGCAGUGGAACCUCCAUCUUAAGUGUUGACAGCUUAGAAGCUAAUGAAUUGGUUGUUUCUGAGCUCCAUCAUAGCACUCUUGGUUUGGGCUUGGACACGUUAGAAGAACAAGAGGAGAAAGAGCAGUUCUUCGCCAGGCUUGAGAAAGGCUUGACGUCUUCUAUUGAUUACUCGAAAUUAAAUCAAGAACUGGAUUCUGACGACUCCGCACAAUUCAAAGCUUUACAUAGAUGUCAAGGUAAUGCAGAACCAGUUGAAGAUGGAAGUGAAAAUGAAUCAGAACAUGAAGAACUGCCAGAAACAUACAGUGAUGACUUUGAAGAUGCUGAGGAUACUGAUGAGCCUUUGAUUACUAAAGAUGAAGAGACCCAUCCCAAAGAAAACUCUGAGUCAGGAAAGGACAGCUUUCCCAAACAGGAGGAAGAGAAAACUGGCAUGCUGGCUAAUGUUGUGCUGCUUGAUUCCUUUGACUCUCUUGAGGAUAUCGACCUUAGCAAUCAAGAGAAAGCAACCCCUAAAGCAAAGGCCCUCCCAGAGGUGACAGAUGGUGAACCAGCAGAAACAGGUGUUCCUUAUGGACAAAGCAGUGGUGAUACUGAAGCCCUGCACCAGGCUUACUGUCAUGUAGCUCACUCUCUGGGAGACACAGGAGAACCAAGAAUUGAGUCUAGCACUGUGCAAACUGUCAGGAGCUCCAUAAAAGAUGGUCUUCAAGAAAACGAAGAGUCUUCAAAGAACAUCUCUACCACCGAGUCCGAUCUGCCUACAGUAGAGGAGCUGAUGAAGCCUAUCAGGAUCGAUUCCUAUGGGAUCAGGGGCUUUGACUUGCAGCCUAUCAGCCUUCAGAAAGCAGCAGACAGUAAAGAAGCCGAAUCUGUGAGCUCUUUACCCCUGAAGAUGAACACAGACACUAUGUCUCAAGACACUAGACAUGUGAUCCAAUUUCCCCACAAACAUGAUGAGAGUGUGCUUCUACACAGGACAGCAGGUGAGGGCAUGGGCAGCAGCUGCCCAGCUCUGGAAGAGCAUUUGGACAAAAUGUACCUGGAGAUUCUGAGGAAGAAAACAUCUGUUAACCCUUCACUAUUACCUCAGGAUGACAAAACGAACCAGACUUCGAGGUCCCAGCUUGGUGCUGGGGAAGAGGAGUCUGUCAUCAGUAAGCAGGUUCCAUGUAAGAAGGCCAGAAGUGCACCUCCUUUGCCUAAAAGAAAGCCACAGAGUGGAUUGUACGCAUCAGCUCGGAGCUCAGGCUACGGCAAACCCAGUUCACCACUCCAGUUGUUUUCAGCCAUUGAAAAGAAAACUACAAAGGAAAAUACAAAAACUAAAAAUGUGAGAUCCAUUCCCACCUCAAAUCAAUUUAGAAAAAAAGAAAUACUAUCUGGAACAAAGCUCAUCAAGCCUGCAGCUUUGAAUAAACCAUCCCCUCACCAUGAAGGUAGCCGAACUACACCUAAGAGGCCUGAAGACCCCUCAGAUGAUUCCUUUGUUCAGUUACAGACUGAGCCUUCAGGAUCCUACAGUGGAAACAGAGAAAAAGAAUUACUAAUGUUGAAAAGAGCUCAGGAUGCAGAGGAAAAAUGGAGGGGUGCACAAGUGCUGAUCGAGCAAAUUAAAAUGACAUUCUCUGAAAAGGAGAAGGAGCUGGAGAACGCAAUGGAAAACUUAAAGAGGCAACAGGAGAGAGAGCUCUUCAAACUGAACCAAGAGAAUUACAUUCUUCAGGCCAAGUUAAGUAGCUUUGAAGAAACAAGCAGAAAACAGAGGUGGCUACAAUUUGGAGAAACAUCUGACCCCGUCACUGGAGAGAGGCUGAAACAAAUUCAGAAAGAGAUACAAGAACAAGAGACGCUUCUUCAAGGCUACCAACAGGAAAAUGAAAGGUUGUAUAAUCAAGUAAAAGAUCUUCAGGAACAAAAUAAGAAAAAUGAAGAGCGCAUGUUUAAAGAAAAUCAGAAUUUAUUUAGUGAGUUGGCCUCUUUAAAAGAACAGAUGCACAAAAAUCAUUCUCUGUCUCAAGCAGUUGAAAAUACAGAACCCACCAAAAACCAGAGUUUUACAGACCUCCUAGCAGAAUUACGGGCAGCACAGAAAGAAAAAAACCACCUAAUGGAAGAUAUUAAAAGACUAAAGCAAGACAAACAAGCUCUGGAAGUAGACUUGGAAAAAGUGAAGAGAGAGAGGGACCAAGCCAAAGACCAAAUCGCCUAUGCCACAGGUGAAAAAUUAUAUGAAAUAAAGAUUUUAGAAGAAACACAUAAACAAGAAGUGAGUCGUCUACAAAAGCGGUUACAGUGGUACGCGGAAAAUCAGGAGCUUCUGGAUAAAGACGCAGCUCGUCUCAGAGAGGCCACUGAGGAAGCCGAGAAGCUGAGGUUAGAGAUUGAAAAACUGAAAACUGAGUCUGGGAGCCCAGCUACUCAGCAGAGGUUACGCUCAAAGGAAAGAGCUCUUGAUGCCAAAAGAAUUCAGGAUCUGGAGCGGCAGGUUAAAGAAAUGGAAGGGAUUCUGAAGAGACGGUAUCCCAACUCUCUACCUGCUUUGAUACUGGCUGCCUCAGCAGCUGGUGAUUCGGUAGAUAGAAAUACAGUGGAGUUUAUGGAGAGAAGGAUAAAAAAGCUAGAAGCUGAUCUGGAGGGCAAAGAUGAAGAAGCAAAGAAAAGCCUUCGCACCAUGGAACAGCAGUUUCAGAAAAUGAAGAUUCAGUAUGAACAGCGGCUGGAGGAGCAGGAACAGCUGCUUGCCCAUAGGCAGAAGGAAGCUCCACAGAACCAGCACAACAGCUCAUCCAGGCUGAAGGCCCUCGAGACAGAGCUUGGGCACAUGAAGGAAGCUCAUCAGAUCACUGUAAGAAAGCUGGAAGCUGAAAUAGAUGUUCUUAAACAUCAGAAUGCUGACUUAGAACACAAGAAGAAUGACAAAGAAGAUCAGGACCUCCAGUCCAUAGAGUUCCAGGUAGAGCAGGCGCAGGCGAGGGCAAAGCUGGUGAGACUCAAUGAAGAGCUGGCAGCAAGGGGGAGAGAGAUACAGGACCUUACAAAGACUGUGGAGAGGCUCCAGAAGGAGAGAAGGGUGAUGCUGUCCAGGCAGAUCCCCAGGAGCAAAGAGGAGACGGCUGCCAAAAGGCUGAAGAAAGAAGUUUUGCACCCAAAUAGAGGAAAUGUGAAUGCUUUCCCUGAAACCCUGGAUGACAAGCUGUAUCACCCACACACCUUUACUGACUCUCAUUUGUCGGAGGUCUUACAAGAAAACUACAGGUUGAGAAGUGAGCUGGAGGGGUUGAUUUUAGAGAGAAAUAAGCUGAAGAUGGAAUUAGAGGCAGCAGUAUGUCAACUUGAAAACUCUAUGAAAAGGGUCAAGGAUGAUGCUACAGCACACAUUGCGUCCCUCAAAGCAUCUCAUGAGAGGGAAGUAGAAAAACUCCUUUGCCAAAAUGCAGUAGAAAAUUCCUCUUCCAAAGUAGCUGAACUGAAUCGCAAAAUUGCAACUCAAGAGGUACUUCUAAAACAUUUCCAAGGUCAAGUUAACGAGCUGCAGGGUAAACAGGAAUCACUUGCAGUUUCUCAAGUUCGAGAAGAAAUCCUACAGAAACAGAUUACAAAACUCUUGGAAGAAUUGAAAGAAGCCAAAGAAAACCACACACCAGAAAUGAAGCAUUUCAUGGGCUUAGAAAGGAAGAUCAAGCAGAUGGAGAUGAGGCACAGGCAGAGAGAGCAAGAGCUCCAGCAGAUAAUACAGCAAACACGCCAAGUAGUAGAAACUGAACAAAACAAGGAAGUUGAGAAAUGGAAAAGGCUUGCACAGUUAAAGAAUCGGGAGCUGGACAAGUUCCGAACAGAGUUGGACUCCAUACUAGAUGUUCUGCGGGAGCUGCACCGGCAGGGGGUCGUGGUCCCCGUGGCUCUUGCAGGAGAAGAAAACACAGCAGGGUUUUAGUCGGAACUUGGAUCUGAGUGACCUCAUUGGAAGACAGAUGAAACUGUGCCACUGUCGGGACCACACAGCCAUGUGAGACCACCACCAGAGUAACUUGUCAGAAUAAACUACCAUGAACCAACAAGGAAAGAACAUACAUCUUGAUUUAUCUUACUGAAAACCAUUAUUAAACAUUUGAGAUGACUUGUGAGCAGGUUCCAUAGUGUCAGAAGACCAUGACAGCAAGGUUUACUGUGAAAGGGCUUGCUCCCAGGCCACAGCAGAAGAAGAGAGUGCACAUCCUCAGCACAUUUUAUAGAUUAAAUAACUUCGCGUUUUCUGUCAGACAGGAAGUCAGCUCAUGAAACAGGUAGAUGAAUGAGAGCCUCGUGCUGGGGACAGUCUUGUCAGCUGUCGACUGAGUGUAAAGUGUCCUCGGGAGUUUAGAUGACAGUUGUAACUUCUGUACAGGGAAACAGCAAGUUCUCAGGGGCCAUUUGCACCUGAUAGAAAGUGACAGGUGACAGCACAGUUUGAUGUGUCCGUUACUGGAGGGCAGGUCUGUAAACGACAGUCGGGAUUUUUGGCAGCUCUUAAGGAUAUAAACAAUACACAAUGUUUUUCCUUUUCUAUUGAAAAAAGAAAUAUUAUGUCCAUUAGAAAAAACUAAAAUGUGCUUAAAAAUAGCUAGUUUAUUUUAUAAUCCCAUUUGUGAAAGUAGAUCAGAUGUGUGUGAUUUCUGUAAAUGAGAGCUACUGCCAGUGUGUUUGCAAGUGUCUCUCUGGAGAUCGAGCUGUCCAUGGAGAUGCACUUGGUAUCUGCACUGGGUACUGCUGGUGACCUGUGUGGAAGAAAGAGGCAGGGAUAUGAUGACACCUGAACUCCAGACAGUAUGACAAGAGCUGCACAGUGAGUUGUAAUCUUUAGUCAGUUAAAAUGUAAAAAGAAACUGUGAACUAGGUCUUUAGAGUAUAUUUUACAUUAGUAGCACAUCUUGAUUUAGGUGACAUUCCAACUGCCCAUGCCGGUAAAUGCAGUCCUGAAAUAAUACUUGCAAAGUAGGAUGUUUCAUAAGGAACGGGUGAGCAAGUCUUAGUGAACUCAUGAGCAAAGGUCGUGAAGUAAAUCACCUGUUAAAUGGAAGUGCAAUUGUCCUAAUGCCAGCAUUUUAUUAUGUAUUUUCUUUCUGAGAAGGGAGUAAAAAAGCAUUAUCACUUUCAAGUUUUUCAUGUACAACAUUUCAAAGUUGUAAUACAAAUUUAUUUUA